AUGUCGGGUUUUGAAGUUGCGGGCUUGGUGCUCGGAGCCUUCCCCAUCGCCAUCACCGCCCUCGACAAGUACCGCGAGAUUGCAACCAGGCUUGGCGUCUUCUUUAAAAUCCAGCUUGAGUACAAGAGAUGGCGCGACGACCUCGAGUUCCACCAGCUCGUCUUCACACGGCACCUGAGACAGCUCCUGCUGCCUCUGGUGGCCGACGACGACAAGAUCGCCGAACUACUUUCAGCACCAGGCGGUGACAGUUGGAGGGACGACGCAAUUGCCAAACUCCUCCAAAAGCGCCUCCGCGACUCGUAUGAGCUGUACUUUGAGUACAUCAAGGGCAUCAAACGCGUCAUGGCCGACAUCAACCAAGAGCUUGCUGUCGAUUCGGCCGCCAUCCAGGACGGGAUCAAGACGUCGAAGUCCGCAGCCGGCGCAAGCAGGCCAAAAACCAUCAUGAGCAGAGAAAAACUCGUCUUUCAGCUGUACCGGCUCAAGUUCAGCAACAACGAGGCCGUUCGCAGGCGCCUCUUCGGCGAGCUCCAGGAGUACAACAACAAGCUCGAGAAGCUGCUCGACUCCAGCGACGAGGACACGCGCUUGACGCAGCAGAGAACGGCCGUGGGACAACUGACCGCCAUAGACACGGCGAUCUGCAACUUCUGGAUCCAGGCACGCACCCUCUUCCGCGCGCUGGCAUUGGCAUGGGUUUGCAGUUGUCAGCACCAUGGCGCCAGAUUGCUGCUACAGCACCGCACCACCAAGCAGCACGAGUUUCAGGUCAUCUUCACAGCAACCCGCCUGUCCAGCCCGUCCAGGCUGGAGCUGUACCAAACGCGGAUAUCGCAGGACAGUGGCACAGCAGAGGCGAGUGAGAGAGAGAACGUCACGAUGCUCGAACACCAAAACAUGAACCUCACCGUCUCCAAGCCUGACCACAGACGGAGCCGCCCCACAAAGUCGGCGUUCCGGGCCAAGCUCAACACCACGACAUCGGCGACGUGUGUCGAGCUGCUCAGACCCCCUCCCUCGGUCACGCUCACCCGCGCGCAGACCAGCCCGAGCCUGAGAAUGGCCCCACCCAUCUCGAGCCUGUGCACGUCGCUGGAUAGGAUUGAAGGGUCAUAUUGCGGGUACGUGGUGUCGGACGACUGCCGGUAUUACGUGCACACCAUCUCGCGUCGCAGUGCCAGCGAGGUGCGGUCGCUAUCUCUAGACCAGAUCCUGCGGGGCGAGGUGGACCCGGUGCCGUCGCGGUCGCAGAGGUACGGGCUGUCGCUGACGAUGGCAUCGUCGUUCCUGCAGCUGCUAGACUCGCCAUGGCUGCCGGCGACGUCGUUCCACACCACCGACGUGCACUUCCUCGGCGACGCCCGCAAGCCCAACCUGUUCCUGCUCGACCAGCCGCACAUCAGCCGCGAGUUCCAGAGGAGCCACAGCCUCACCGAGGGCCAGGCGGCCGCCAUUGAUCUUGGUGGUGGCGCGGCGACAAGCUUCACCGACGCGCUCGACCACCUGGGCAUCAUGCUGCUGGAGCUGUGCUUUGGCCAGAUACUCGCCGAGCAGCCGUGCCGCAAGCGGUGGCCGGCGGGCAGCAACGAUAAGGAGCGCGCCGUCUUCGACAUCAUGGCGGCGCGCGACUGGCAGCGGCUAGUCAACGAGGAGGCCGGCCCGGACUAUGCCGACGCCGUGGCCUGGUGUCUUGGCGGCAACCGGAGCACCUUACCGGAGCGCUGGCGGCACGAGAUGCUUCGCAAGGUCAUUGAGCCGCUUCAACGCUGCCGCGACUACUUGACGGGCGGGGCAUUUGUGCGGGCGUGA